AUGCUCCCGAGAAGGAGGAACUCCAUGCUACUGGUGAACAUCCUGGCCUUUGUUGGUGGCACUCUCAUGGCCUUCUCCAAGACGGCAGAGGCAGUGGAAAUGCUGAUCAUUGGCCGCUUCAUUAUUGGCCUCUUCUGCGGUCUCUGCACUGGCUUUGUGCCCAUGUACAUCAGUGAGGUCUCGCCCACCAGCCUUCGUGGAGCCUUUGGGACCCUCAACCAGCUGGGCAUCGUUGUGGGCAUCCUGGUGGCCCAGGUAGGCUUAAUGCAACCUGAUCCUACCCUCAGGGACAGAAGGGCUGGUGGAGGGCAAGGUGAGCUGUGCUUGCUCUUGGGUGCGAUCUGUGGUCCUGUCAUACUCACUGGUGUGGAGGCGAGGAAGUGCCCCGAGCGCCCCCGUUGCCUGCUGAUCAACAAGAUGGAGGAGGAGAAAGCACAAGCAGUUCUCCAGAAGCUCCGUGGUAUGCAAGAUGUGUCUCAAGACAUCCUGGAGAUGAAAGAAGAGAGUGCUAAGAUGUCCCAGGAAAAGAAAGCCACAAUACCAGAGCUCUUCCGUUCUCCAAACUACCGUCAAGCCAUUAUCAUUGCCAUCAUGCUGCAGCUCUCCCAACAGCUCUCGGGCAUCAAUGCUGUGUUCUAUUAUUCUACAGGGAUUUUUGAAAGAGCUGGUAUCACACAGCCUGUGUAUGCCACCAUUGGAGCUGGCGUGGUGAACACCAUCUUCACUGUUGUGUCGCUGUUCCUGGUCGAGCGUGCAGGCCGCAGGACCCUCCAUUUAGUUGGUUUGGGCGGCAUGGCUGUGUGUGCUGUUCUUAUGACCAUCGCCUUAGCUCUGAAGGACAUUGUGGAGUGGAUCAGAUACAUCAGCAUUGUUGCCACUUUUGGCUUUGUGGCUCUUUUUGAGAUUGGCCCUGGCCCGAUCCCCUGGUUCAUCGUGGCAGAACUCUUCAGCCAGGGCCCGCGCCCUGCAGCCAUGGCAGUGGCUGGUUGUUCCAACUGGACCUCUAAUUUCUUGGUGGGAAUGCUCUUCCCCUAUGCAGAGAAACUGUGUGGCUCCUAUGUCUUCCUCAUCUUCCUUGUUUUCCUGGUCAUCUUCUUUGUUUUCACGUUCUUCAAAGUGCCGGAGACCAAGGGCAGGACUUUCGAAGACAUCUCCAGGGGCUUUGAAGGCCGAGCAGAAGCCAGCCCCACAUCCCCUGUAGAGAAGAACCCCAUGGUGGAGCUGAACAGCAUAGAAACCGACAAAGCAGUUGCCUAAGAUUCCUGAAACUCCCGUUCUUCGACUCUUGCGUGCUUAGAGAGUCAUUAAAAGAAUGAGCAAAGAAAA